AUGUUUGACCGAUCCCUUCGCUUCAGAACCGGGGACUUUGUAUGCGCAACGGAACAACUCUUGCAAGAAGUUGCCACUGCGGAGUCGACUUCUCUCUCUCAACCUACGCUUGCGGCAUCUAUGGGGCAAAUUGAAGGAGGUUCGAGCGCAAUCUCUGUCCUAGACCCUCCAUCCAAAGCUUCCACGGCUUCCAACACAACUAAAGUCUCGGUCGGAGCGGGACCUUUGGCGGCGAAACCACUCAAUGCCGACCUUGGAACAAGAACUCUUCCAUCACUUGCGUCCGCAACUCGGCCUUCGAAAGAUGUGGCGCCCUUGUUGAAAGACGUUGACCUUACAUUAUGUUCUUCUUGCGCAAGAAACUACAAUCAUUUGGGUUGUAGAAACUGCACCCCCGUCGUUUCACUAGAUUCAUUUCCGGAAUCGAAAGGCGGCCCUCUUUCACCCAUCUUUAUUCCCAAAGCCAAGGUCACCGUUUUCUACGACGAUGACAGUGUUGAUUCCUCGCAGACGCCAGAACCGUUUAGAAAUGAUUUUGGCACCUAUCGUCUUAUCAGCGGUCGACCUCUGUUACCUAAGACUAAUUCUGGGUCCAAUUCAUCUCCAGGUCCUUCUUUGAGCGGUACCACCCUUUAUUCGCCUUUUACCCCAUCCUCAGUCGCAAUGGCUCCUCUCGAACGUCCUCCGAAUUCGCUGAUGCUGGAUAAUGUCGUAGAAGACCAUCAACGACAAGCUAUAUCCCUCCCUAUUAGUGACCACCCACCAACUUUCCCCGAUCUUGCUGCUGAACGGCCUGUUGUAUCAACUCUGCAGAAGCAACCCCAGCAAAGCGCUGGACGAGUUCCGUCAUCUUUACCUGAGGAACUCCAAAUUCUCGUCGACGCUUACAUUCACAGCGUUCCAGUCACCGUCAUCGCAGCCCGCUCUCGCGUCCUCGACAUUUGGCCGAAUGUUUCUCUUGCAGAAGAGUUUGUGUUUGCGUUUCUGGGAUACUUCAAAGUGUUAGGUGUGAAGGAAGUACCAAUCGAGGCAAGUCAACCGAAGUCCCUUGCGUCUGGAAUGUCAGCCGGGAGAGUAGAGUGGUCCUUCAAGCUGGAAUGGGUGUCUGGUGGCGAAGAAUGGUUGGUUGCGCCCACAGACAAUCACAUCGACUAUUCACGACCUUGGUGGGAUUCCGAGCCUACAAAGGCCCCUGAAGCCCCAGCCCAAACCACACACCACUCAGAGCUCACACUAAACGCGACAACGACUCAGAUGCAACAAUUGGAGAUAUCGCCCAACAAGAUGCCCACCUGGUCCCUUAGUAUCCGAAUGAUGAUUGGCAAUCGCGCUAUCAAGUGGAGAAAACGUCCCACAGCAUAUGGGAUCGCCUGGGCGACAUUUAUUAUUCACAGAUCUCAUCCCACUUCGUGGCGGCGUUUGGUACUCGUAUCGUGCCUAGCGGUUAAUGCCCUACCACCAGGAUUCGCAUUAGACUUGUCAAUCAUUCGAAAUCCUCACGAUGCUCAACCUCUGCCCCUGCCCUACAAUACGUUCCCAGAAGGCGUGCAAGCGCGUGUUGCGUCGUGGUCAGAUGGCGUGCGCACACUUACGUAUACCCUAGAUGGGCUGCAGAAGGGCGUGAACUUGUUGGAGUUGAAAUCGGAAUUACCGACAGCGGCGGCGGUACCAGUGAUCAAGCAUGUGUUCACAUGUAACAUGCCAUCGUUACAGGUAGCUGCGACCCAGCUGUUUAUGGAUAUACAGUCCUCCGUUGUGUUGAGUCGGACGGUGGAAGAUGGCGAUGCGAUUUUCAUGUAUUCGUGCCCCAUGGCGCAUUCUCCAGAGUCAAAGGCGACGCAAGGAAAGGGCAAGAAGUCGAGCGUGAAGAGUCCAACGCAGCAACCGUUGCCUUGUCUUGUACAAGCUAAGGAUUUGCUGAUCAGCAAGGCGUUGGCUUAUGCGGAAGUGGAUUGUUCUUUGCUGGAGGUCGAUCAUUUGGAUGCGAUGGCAUGGGCUACUAGUGGAAGUCAAAGGGGCACUUACACCGCUGCUGCGACGAAUAAGAGCGUCAUAAUGAUUUGUCUCGGGUGCGAAGUUGUCUUGACCUUGUCUCCAAAGGGCAAGGCCCCUCAGGUCGUACGAAAGAAGACGAAGUUGCCAAAGGUAUCCAAGAAGUCCAAGGAGGGAAAGAAGACGACUGGGAAGGAGAGGGAGGGCAAGGCAAAGGACCAGGACCCACAUUUGCCAACCGUACCACAACCUUCGGCUCUACCGGAUCCUUCUUCUGUGAUAGGACCAGUCACGCAGGAGAUGCAAAUGCUAGACCUGGACUCGCUGUUGACGAUGGAGGACGAUGAGGAGGAUAUCAAACCUUGGCCAGCUCCAGUGGCGUCGACUUCGAGCAUCGUUCCCUUGUUCCAAAGUAUUGGCCCAUUUUCAUUCUGGCCAAAUCCAGUCGCCCCCUCAACACUGUCUGCUAUGAUGGCGCCAACAUCGAGCUUCGCCCCAAUAGCACCAGCACCAGUGCCCGCGUCUGCUCUCCUUUCUGACCUCGACUCACUCAUUCGCAUGGAUGAGGGCGAGAAUGAUUAUCAGGACAACCAUACCGCAGACGUUGAGAUGAGGGACGCGGAGGUAUCUGAGCCUGCAAUGCAACCCCAACUUGACCCAGAUGCUGAAGAAGAUGAAGGACCAGAUAAGCCUGACACGGAGAAUGUUGUGGUCACACUUGUCCCUGGGGACGUUCUCGUGCUGAGUGGGGCUAAGUUUCAGUAUUCUAUCAAACGGACUGGGACCAGCGUUCUUUUGAUUGGGUCAUGCAACUCCGAGUCGAGUGUGACUGCAUUGAACGAAUAA